GAAGCGGCUCCCACGAAUGCAUGGUAAGGUUCCCCCACCUAGCAAACCAACCGUUCAAAGUUACCUGCUACCCCCACAAUUACAUUUACAACUCUCAACCUUCAUCUAUAACUACAACCCCAACAACCCAGGGUCUCUCGUCGCGUCCCAUUCUCACCUCCCACAAACUCACCUCAAACAUCCUUCCUCGAAAUACCACCCUACGAGCUGUGCUCCUUUGAUCCCCAACUGUUGAAACUUCGAAGCUACAAGUAGAGGUCAUCUACUAUUCUUUACCUUUGCGCCAGUUUGACCGCACCUCAGCCCUCAGCACAUAUGGAGGCAUACAAUAGUGACUCUGGGAGGCCAGGGAAAACACCACCACGCUUCAUCGCCGACCUGCUGGAGUACGAUCCCACCAAUCCAGAGCGAAAUGUUCUUUGCGAUGCGCCGCCAUAUGUCGACGAGUCUACCGCCGCCAAGUUGUUAUUGCAGCGGCACAGACACAGCCUCUCACUCCGACGAAGCCGGAGUGCCCUUCCACCUCCGCGAGCGAGCGAUACGAGUGCACCUUGGACAGUAUCGUCAAUCUGUGAGAUCUGUCGAGCGCACAUAGACGUCAUAGUGGAUUCCUCGCAGCCCACUUUGUCCGAGUCCGGUCCCUGCCCUACCAAAGACAAUCCGCUGCAUCACUUGCGCUAUGAACCCUCGAGAUCGUGGCCUGCUGCGCGGGAAUCCUUCGGGAAGACACGGUUUGAAGAUAUCCGGGUCUUCAGCUGCUCGGCAACGACCUGCCCGACAACCGUCACCGUCAUAACCAAGCCUCCUAUCCUCGACCUGCAAUCUAUCAACCUUUUGACAGAUAAGUCGGUGCUGAAGCGACGAAUACAGAAAUAUGAGGAAGCUCAGGGAGUGAAGAGCAACCAGGACGCUUCGCCGGUAAAGGUUCUGGAGACAUUUCAGAAAUACCUAAGCAAUGUCAUUGGCGGUGAUAAGCGGAAGAUUCCGCGGGAGAAUGCGCGCUACCAGCUCCAUCUUUCUGAUGAAUGUGCGCCGAUUUUGAAGACACUGGGAUUUAAGGAUUUUCAGGAUGGCGAUGCACUUUCCUGGGCUCCUCCCACUUUGGAGGAAAUAGACAACAAGGACGGACCGGUACGCCGGAAUCUGGAAGAUACGGUAGAAGAAGUCCUCAUCUUGAUGGACCAACACAGGGAACGGAGAGAAACCUACCGCGCAGGCAUCGAACGUGCAGACACCAUGAUCAGGCAGCUCUUGCGUGGUAAUUAUGAUUCAUACGGAGCAUCCCACAGUAUCGAUCUCACCAAACCUGAGCACCCCUUUUACGCUGUUCUUGGCAUAGUGUCAGAUGUUGCCGAUAAAAUAGUCGCCUGGGCGUACCGUCGGCAGCGAGACUGCAAUCCUAGCGAAGCAGCCUUCUACUUUGAAUGCUUCUCAGUCAUCGCACGUGGCAGAUCCAGUGACGAUCUCUUACUUGACGCCGCAAAGCUUCAGUCACAGGGAGAAUUCACUAGAACGGAACACACUGAAGCAUGUUCAUCUCUUGGAAUCGACCCAAAGGAACAAAAUGAAGAUUUAAUUAUCGGAAUAUUUCGUGCUCGUCUUGCCGACGCACCACGACAAGAAUCACAGAUCAGGAACGCUAUGAGGAUUAUGGCACGGCAGAGACGGAGCUCUCGACUCGAGUUUGCUGCGCAGAAAGCUUUUACGGACCUUAAGGGGGCCUAUGCUUGGCUAGAUGUUCCGGAAAAUAUAGAUGAUCAGUUCCUCAUCGUAACAUACGAUCUCAGGGUUUCCGACCACCCCGUCGAUGAGCCGAUCGCAAAAGAAGCCCUGAAGGCGAUUGCCGAAGCUCGGAGGAGUACAUUCCUGCUCUCAUACAUUGAGAAGGGCGGAGCCAUCUACGAUAUGCCUCCGAACAUCAACGAAGCAUACACUAGACUUGGGAUCGAGGAUCCAUCCGUUGUCGAUGAUGAUUUGCUUAUCAGCCUCUUCAACUUGCGAUGGGAUGAUGAACCAAGUAAGAUCCAGGACCUCCGCGGCGCGCUACGAGUGAUUGGCGAGAACCGAGACAGCCAUAAGAUUAAGGAUUUCCUGGACACCGGAAACGCCAACGAUCAUACGAGAGGCUCUACUUCCUCGCCAGUCGGACUUGAGAACAUUGGCAAUACCUGUUAUCUCAACAGUCUACUGCAGUUUUAUUUCACUAUCAAGCCACUAAGGGAGAUGAUAUUACAGCUGGAUCAAUAUCAAGAGGGGGAGGUCACCGACGAAGUCGUCUCCCGCAAGCGAGUGGGUGGGCGAAAAGUCACGAAGCAGGAAAUUGAACGAGCAAAGAAAUUCGUCGGACACCUCCGAACAUUAUUUGCAGAGCUGAUCAAGUCCACUUCUUCUGCUAUUUCUCCGGAACGUGAUCUUGCCUACCUAGCAUUAGUAAGCUCGAAGGACGAAGCUGAGAGCGAAGAGUCAGCAGUUACAAUUGCUGUCACAAACGCGGAUGAUACAACGGCUAGCACAAACGUGGAUGAUAUGGACGUCGACCAGGCUCAGCCCGGGGCUCCAGUCCAGGAUGACGACGCGCGGAGUGAAGUCACGCUGGUUAACGAUUCUCAAGAUGUUGUGUCAUCUGAAGACCAGAUGGUAGUGAAUCAGGUGCAGAAGGAGGAAAAGGAGAAUAUGCCUCCUCAAAACGAAGAUGCACCGAUGGAGCUUAUCGAUUUAUCUGAGCCUCCAUCGGACGAGGGCAUGGAACUGACCGCCGGCGUUCAAACCCUUCCGACUCCGCCCCCCGAGCCAGAGCGCAUGCCUCCACCGAUCCCUAUGCGGCCCAGGGCGAGGAGAGAUACCGUUUCGGACAUUAAUAUGUUCGGUCGCCAGCAGGAUGUGACGGAAUGCAUCGGGAAUGUCAUGUUCCAGAUCGAGGCUGCAAUCAAGCCAGACCGCAUCGACGAGAACGGUGAACAGAUCGACCUCGUAAAGGAAUACUUCUACGGCAAGACGAAGCAAACGCUGGCUUUCCCCAACUCCAUGGAGACCAGGACCAAGGAGGAGAUGUUCUCACACUUGCUCGUGAAUGUCUCGGAAGGCGAUUGCGAUCUGUACACUGCACUAGACAACAGCUUUGACAUCGAGCGAGUAGACCUCGAGGGCCGAGAAGCGACGCGCCAUCUCUCAAUCAGUCACUUACCUCCUGUGCUCCAGAUUCAGGUUCAGCGAGUCCAGUUUGACCGUGAGAAAGGGGCUGCUUACAAAUCGAAUGCUCAUCUCAGCUUCCCUGAGACUCUCUUCAUGGACCGGUACUUGGACAACGACGACGCUGGUCUGAUGGCUAGGAGGGAGGAGACCUGGAACUGGAAGCAAACACUAAAGGAGUUGGUCGAGCGCAAGGCGGAGCUUCUACAAACAACGUUGGCCAACGAGAACAGCUUAUCAGUGCUCGACGCCGCGCGUGAGUGGGUGGAAGGAAUGCAAGCGAAUCUAGACACCGACCUGAUAGAGGAGAUGGACAUCCAGCCCAACGUCGUUGAGAUGCUUGAGCGUCGCACCGCGGCUGUCCGUCGCGAGGUAGAAUCCAUCGACCAGAACAUCAAAGAGCUCGAGUCGCGGAUCAACCAGCAAUUCACCGAUCUCCGCAAGCACGGAUACCGCAUCCAUUCGGUCUUCAUCCAUCGGGGAUCGGUAAGCUUCGGCCAUUACUGGAUAUACAUCUAUGACUUCCAGAAGCGGCUCUUCAGAAAGUACAACGACCAGUACGUGACGGAAGUCCUGGACGAGGCGGAGGUGUUCAAGCACUCGGUCGAGCCUGGAUCUUCGCCGCCGACACCGUACUUCUUGGUGUUCGUCCGAGAAACCGAACUCGACAUCACCGAGGCGGUGAAGCGCACGAUGGAGGGCUAGAUACCUGCGGGGGAAAGGGGGGGGAG